AUGGGAGGUAAAGCCUAUCCUUUCUUAGGGCAGCUCCACCCGUUGUCAAACUUUUUCUAUGCUCCACUGGUAUGGAAAAACUUAUCCUUUGAUUGUGUAGAGCAGGCGUAUGUGUGGGAAAAAGCUAACUUCUUCGGGGAUAUGGUGAAUGCUAACAAGGUAAAGUCGUUAAAACAUUUGGGUGGGGGGUGUAACAAUAAAAUGCCUUCUGGCAUAAAAAAGAAAGUUCAUCCACGGAAUUAUAAAUGGAUUGGCAAAGAAGUAGUGGGGGAUUUGAAAAUACAGAAAGAGUGGUCCAAGGUAAAAGAGACGCUUAUUGAGGAGAUAGCGUUCGAAAAGUAUAACCAGAAUGCGGAACUAAAGCGUCUCCUCUUGAGUACAGGUUAA